UGAAAUGUGUUUUGUGCAAAGAGGGAAGAGAGAGCAUUGUUCAUUUAUUUUAUGAUUGUAUUUUCAAUUAUUUGAGUGUGAUUUGGCUUUUAUUGUUAAAACAAUAAUACAGACUCACAGAAAAAUAAUUUUUCAUGAUAAUUUUGACUUUAAAAUUUGGUAUAUUGUGUAUUUACCCAUUAUAUAUGGAAAAUACUUGAUUAUAGAGAUUUGUUUUCUCUUUUUUCUUUUUAUUAGCAUUGUUUCUGUUUCUCCUAGUAUUUGAUUUACGUUGUAACUUAUGUUAUUAUUGACUUUCUAUGUUCAAGAGAUUGCAAGCAAGCAAGUAAAUAAAUACAAACUUGUUUUAGACGUCAGCGUGCGAUCAGGACUUUUAUUUUGGUUCUGGCCGUUUGUGACGUCAUAAGAUCGCGCCGCGCUCCUGCAUCUGUUUUGGCUGAGGAAAGAAAAAACUCCUGGUGAAGCAGCUGAGAUCCAUGUCACACUAUUAUAAACGAUGGCAUUUAUUAAAGAAGAGAUUGAAGACUUGAAGAUUGAAGAAGUAUUCAGCCUGAAACAAGAAGAUACUGAGACACAAACAGCAGCUUGUCAGUUGACUGGUACUGAUCAAUGUGGAAGCAAGCACAAUAUCCAGAUGAAAGAAAAUUCAGUUUUAUCCUUACAAACAUACCUUUUUACAAGCCGUUCACACAAAGAAAAAAAAAGGAUCAAGGAGCUUGGACCGGAUCGACCCAACUUGCAAAUUCAGCAGCAGUCAAAUAAUCGUGGGCGAGCUUACACUCGGGGAUUCACCACCACUUCUUAUGGCAAAUGGAGUUGGCUAACUGGAUGCGAUGUAAGUCACGCCUUUUUUUGUUUUCCCUGUUUGCUGUUUCAAAGUCCUGGCACCGAAACGCCCUGGGCAACGACAGGGGUACGUGACUUAAAACAUCUUUCUGAAAAGUGCAAACGGCAUGAAAGUAGCCGCAGCCAUCUUGACAACGCUAUGAGGCUACAGAUUUUUGGGAAGGUUAGCAUUGCUGAACAGCUAGAUGAAAACUACAGGAUUGGCAUUAGAAGGCACAAUGAAGAGGUCAUAAAAAAUCGACACAUCCUGUCUAGAAUAAUAGACUGUGUGAAAUUUUGUGGCGCAUUUGAGCUGGCUUUGCAUGGCCAUUGAUCAGAGAGAGAGCUCAGAUAAUCCCGGGAUAUUCCGUGGCUUGGUGGACUUUGUUGCUUCCCUUGAUGGAGUGUUGAAAGAGCACCUUGAGAAGUUUAAGGGAACUACGAAAAUCAUGCAGGACGAGCUGUUGGAAUGUAUGUUGUCUGUUGCGAAGGAACACAUAAUCAAAGAAGCACAGAGCAGCGAUUUUCUCUCAAUCCAGGUCGAUGAGACCACUGAAAUUGCCACACAGUGCCAAUUUGUGCUUGUGCUGCGCUACAUUGAUGCCAAAAGCAAUGUCCAGGAGAGGUUUUUUGAAUUUAUCCCACUGCAUUCAGCUACAGCUGAUUCCAUCGCUGCAGCACUUAAAGAGCGUCUUGCUGUCAUCCUUCCUGAGAAUCAGAAGAGUAAACUUAUCUCCCAAUCAUAUGAUGGAGCCAGCGUGAUGAGGCGUUCCACUGCAGGUGUUCAACGGAAGAUACAAGAUCUGUACCCAAAUGCGCACUACAUCCACUGCUAUGCACAUGAACUCAGUCUAAUAAUGCAACAGGCCACGUCUCACAUACCCAAAGUGAGAAUUUUUUUCUCUGACCUUGGAGGAUUUGCCAGCUUUUUUUCGAGAUCACCCAAGCGCACAGAUGUUCUUGAUAAAGUAGUGUCCCAGAGACUACCAAAUUCAAGCGAUGUUAGAUGGAACUUUCACAGCUGUGCCAUCAAUACCGUGUUUGAGUACAGAGAGGACCUCAUCCGCUGUUUUGAAACCAUACAAGACUCAGGUGACUUUGACCUCAUUACCAUCAGAGAGGCAAGAGCCUUUGCAAUGCUGCUUGAGGAUCAGGAUUUUAAGUUCUUUCUGCAACUUUUCCAUGACAUCAUGCCGCAUGUGGACCUCCUCUAUACUAAACUCCAGAAGAAGGACAUAGAUUCGGACCACAUCAAGAAGAGCAUCCAGCAGUUCCAGCAGGACAUAAAGAAGAUCAGAAAUUCUCUCCAUUCCCUGGUUGACCAAAGCAGUGCAGGUGGUUCUCAAGUGAAGAGGCGCCGGUCGCUUAGUCCAGAGGUCCAUAAAAGGAUUGCAGCAGAGGUCUGCGAUACCAUACUGAGACACACCAUGGAACGGUUCUCCUUCACAAACCACCUUGUUAGUGCCACCUUGCUGCAAGGGGACAGGUUUGAACAGUUCAAGAUAACGUUUCCUGAAGAUGCACUGAGCAGGACUUUGAAGGCCUAUCCAGUGCUCAAUGGGAGUAAGCUGAAGACAGAGCUUAGUCUCAUCUACUGCAAGGAAGACUUCAGAGGCUGUUGUGGUGCUGUGGACCUACUCCAGCUGUUUAUGGAGAACAAUCUUGAAGAAGUCUUUUCAGAGACUGUCACUCUUCUAAAGAUCCUCAUCACCACACCCACAACCACAACAGAAGCUAAGAGGUGCUUCUCAACCUUGAAAAGGAUUAAGACUUUUUUGAGAAACAACAUGAACCAGGAGAUGCUGAAUGCAUUGGCCAUGUUGUCAAUGGAAAAGAAACUGGUGACUGAGAUGACUGACUUUAACCAGAAGGUCAUUGAGAAAUUUGCAAGCCAGAAUGGAGAACAGAGGGCGGAAUUUCUUUUCAAGUAGUGCUGCUGGUUUAGGCAACAUUACAUUGUGUUUAUUUUAUUGUUGGUUUGUUUUUUUGUAUGAUUACCUUGAUUACUUUAUUACUGAUAAUAAACCCACAUUGAGCUCACAUUUUUUUAACCCCAUAUCAAACAUCCCCCCCCCUACAUUUUUUUUUAGCACUAGCCGCCACUGAGAAUUACAGUAUUUCAAAAUAUCUGUCUUGGCGAGUAAUCAUGUAAACAUUUUCUGUCAUGUCUUCAAUGAAUGUUUGUUUAAAACCCAAAAAAUGAAAAUUCUGUCAUUAAUUACUCGCCCUCAUGUCUUCCCAAAUGCAUAAAACCUUUGUUUGUCUUCAGAACACAAAUUAAGAUAUUUUUGAUGAGAUCCAAGGGUAUCUGAUCCACACAUAGGCGACAUUGCUCCUGCAUCAGCAUCACAUGCAUGCAUGCAUCAUGCUGCUCAUGUGACCAGAGCUGGUCAAAUACUGAGCCGCCAUUCGGAUGUAAACACUGAAGCUCUGCAAUGAAAAUAGCAUAGCAGUAUGACGGGACAGACAAAAUUUUUUAAUAAAGUCGUAAUUUUUUUGUUUUUUUGCACAAAAAGUAUUCUUGUGGCUUCAUAAUAUUAAGGUUGAACCACUGUAGUCACGUCGAAAGUUUUAACAAUGUCUUUAGUACCU